UUCCCAUUUUCCCAAGCUCAAAAUGUCUAAGCGAGGGCGCGGAGGAUCGGCCGGGAACAAGUUCCGUAUGUCGCUGGGUUUGCCGGUGGCAGCGACGGUCAACUGCGCCGAUAACACUGGGGCUAAAAACCUCUACAUUAUAUCCGUCAAGGGCAUCAAGGGUCGCCUUAAUCGGCUUCCGUCGGCUUGUGUGGGUGAUAUGGUGAUGGCUACUGUGAAGAAGGGGAAGCCUGAUCUCCGGAAGAAGGUCAUGCCUGCUGUCAUUGUUCGUCAGAGAAAGCCUUUUCGCCGAAAGGAUGGAGUUUUCAUGUACUUCGAAGAUAAUGCUGGUGUCAUAGUAAAUCCCAAGGGUGAAAUGAAAGGUUCUGCAAUCACUGGUCCAAUAGGUAAAGAGUGUGCUGAUUUGUGGCCCAGAAUUGCUAGCGCAGCAAAUGCCAUUGUCUGAAGAUGAGAUUUUGCUCAUAAACGUGUUGUACUUUGG